CCAUUUUUCUCCACGCAGGACCAUUCCUUUGCCUGGGUCGUCUUCUUCGCUUUCAUUCAUGUCUUCCUCGUCUUCGACUAUCCUCUUGCCUUUAGUUUCCGAAUUCUUCGGCUCCAAUUGGCUUUUACCGCUAUUUUACUAGUCAAUUCCAUUACCUGACCUUAUUCUCCCAUCAGAGCUUCAUUAUCUAGGUCCUCUCGUGUUAUCUGCUCAGGCUAAGUUAUCAUCUUUAUUUGUUUCUUUGUCUGACAUUCUCUUUCUUCCUCUCUUUUCAUAAAAUCUUUAUUGCAAGCUGAUUUUUUAUUUUUUAUUUUUUUUCUCAAUGACAUUCUUGAUAAGGAAUUGCGGGUUUGGAUAGUUCCGAAAACUUUAUGAUUAUUGUCUCUUGGAAUCAGUUUUAGUUGCCACAACUAGCUUAUUGCUUGUCUACUCUUGCAUGCAGUGUCGUGGAGUUACUGUAUAGAGUGAUUGGUUUUUGUUUUGGAGAACUAAUAUUUCUCUGAGAAGCCGUACUUUAAUGCGCACGGAGUUAUCCAGUUAAAUGAUGAUGCGUUUUAUUGCAAUUCUUUUUUUCUUUUUUUUGGUGUUGCAGAGAGAAAGUCCAUGUGUUUUUCCAAGAAGCAUUUAUGUUAUAGAUAUAGAUUGCUCUUGAUGUCUUUUCAAGGGGGAGGCUGAGUUCAACGGCUGCAUAAAGCAUUCCAUUCCGCUGCAUUCGUUGAUUGUAUUUGGCUAGUGGAUGUGCCUCUGGAAAGUUUGCUGUUUUUGAUAAAAUUCGUUUGGACCGUUAUAACUUUUGACUCGUUUCAUCAUCAGCAGCAUGCAUACUUGUAUGAUUUCUUCGGAGAUUGUACUAAUUAUUAACUUUGUCUUGUUUGUAGAAGCUUUUCACAACCAACCAAGUCUUUGGGGCAUGGACUGGCUGUUUAUGCCUACUAUCACUGUCAGUGAACAAUGUUUAGCAGACAAAGAGGUGCCAGUGCUUUUGGUAUAUUCAAAUCAAAACUUCAAGGCGAAUCAUCACUGACAUCAGGUUUGCUUCUGAAUGUCCCCCGAGAGAUUGAAUUGUCUGGCUAUGGAAGGAUCCCAAGUCAAGGCAGUGAGAGCCCUUCGGGGCUUCUGACCGGUGAGAGCUUGAACGUGGAGCUAAUUGCUGAUUUGGAUCUCUUCUUCGAAAGGCUUUACAGCUACUACUGUGAGAAAGGGCUUGGGUGCAUCAUUGUAAAGUGGACUGUUGAACUUCUGAGUCUAGGUUUCACCAUAUGCUUUUCUGGAUUUUUUUUACUAUAUGUUGAUUGGAAUGGGCUUCGCAAUGCAAAGUGUGGGAUGGAUGCAGUUGAAUCUGGAAUCAAGCCCUGUAAUCUAGCAAAAGAGGCUCUUCGGCAACUCCCCUUAACCCCGCUAACACUUACUAAAACUAUUAUUGUUGUAUACUUGGGAAUAUUUUCCAUCUUUUGGAUAUUUUGUUUCUUGAGGUUCUUUAAUCAACUAAAGGACAUUCUGGAAAUCCGUCAGUUUUACCACAAUAGUCUUCAUGUAACCGACGAUGAUAUCCAGACCAUGCCUUGGGCAACCAUCCUUGAAAAGGUUGUUUUGAUACAAAGUUCACAACAGCUCUGUUUGGUCAAGGAUCUUUCUGCUCAUGACAUGGUGAUGAGAUUGAUGCGGAAGGAAAAUUACUUGAUUGGAAUGCUCAACAAAGGGGUGCUUGCAUUCCCCAUUUCUCAUUGGGUACCUGGUGCUGGUCCUACAGUGAAUUCUGGUCCAAAUGGAACACAAUGUCGUCUAAUACUUACCAAGACCCUUGAGUGGACCUUGAAUUGGUGCAUCUUACAUAGCAUGUUUGAUCGAAACUUUUGUGUUAAGCAGGACUUUGUGUCUAAUCCAAAGACAUUAAAGAAAAGGCUUAUGGUAGUUGGGCUUGCAAUGCUUUUACUUUCUCCAUUUCUUGUCAUAUUCAUGCUGGUAUAUCUCUUUCUAAGGCAUGCUGAACAAUUUUAUAAUCAUCCAAGUACAGCUUCAUCUCGAAGAUGGUCAAAUUUGUCUAUGUGGAUGUUUCGGGAAUUCAAUGAGGUGGACCAUCUCUUCAAGCAUCGGGUUAAUAACAGUGUAAUACAUGCUUCUGAGUAUCUGAAGCAAUUUCCUUCACCUAUAGUAUCUAUCAUUGCAAAGUUCAUCUCUUUUGUAUCGGGUGGUUUUGCUGCAAUUCUGAUCAUCGUUGCUUUUCUUGAGGAAUCAUUGCUAGAGGGCCAUAUAUUUGGUCGAAACUUAUUUUGGUAUGGUGCUGUUUUUGGAACAAUAACUGCAAUUAGCAGGGCUGUGGUUGUGAAUGAGCUUCUGGUCCUAGAUCCCAAGGGAGCAAUGUUGAUGGUGGUUCAACAUACUCAUUAUAUGCCAAAGAGAUGGCGUGGCAAAGAAAGCACUGAAAUGGUUCACCUUGAAUUUGAAACAUUGUUUCAGUAUACAGGGAUGAUGUUACUUGAGGAGAUGGCCUCAAUUUUUCUCACUCCAUAUUUACUUAUGUUUAUUGUCCCAAAGCGGGUCGAUGAUAUUUUGCAGUUCAUUGCAGAUUUUACAGUGAAUGUUGAAGGUGUUGGCCAUGUUUGCAGUUUUAGUGUCUUUGACUUUCAAGAGCAUGGAAACAGCAAUUAUGGUUCCCCACAUAAUGCACCUCGUAGUCGGAGGAGUUCUCAGGGGAAGAUGGAGAAAUCAUUUUUGAGUUUUCAGAGUAGUUAUCCAUCAUGGGCAUCAGAUUCUAGGGGGAAGCAAUUUUUGCUAAAUCUUGGAACCUUCAGAGAGCAAAAUUGGCAAGGACAUGGAAGCAGCCAUGCAUUUCCUCCUCCUAGGUCGUGCAAGGGUAGUUCCAAUACCAGGAUCUACGGAAGCAGAAACAGGUUUACGUCCUGGGAAAUGCCAUGUGUAUUUGGCAAUCACUUGGGUUCGUUGUGGCUGAUUGAUGCCAACCAAAAUAACCAUCCUUAUCUUCUAGAUUGGUACUAUACAUCUCGACCUCAUGAUGCAACUAUGCGAAAAGCUCCAACAGAAUCAUCCGAAGAAAUUGAGUUUCAUUUGGGAGAUUAUCCACUGCCCUCCAACUUGGCUCCUAAUGUACCUGGUUAUGAAGGAUAUCACGAGGAUAGCUCAGCAUCUCAUCUUGGGGCUUCCACAUUGGCUCCCAUCUUCAAGGAAAGCUUAAUUCAGGAUCAUAAUUUUACUGACCGUUCCCACUCUAUCAGAAAUCACUGGUGGGCAAGAAGUGGCCCGCAGGUUGGGCAAGCUCAGACAAGCUUUUUUGAGCCUCCAGAUUUUAAUUACCGAACAUCGUGGAAUUAUUAUGAUAAGUUUUCUGACAGGAGCUUGGAGGAUCCAGAACAAGACUUGGACUGGAGAGACCAUCAAAGAUUAGCUAAAACAACUUGCCCAGAUGACUUGGAGACGGGAGACUUCAAAUUUCAUGUUGAUGAUAUCCAUGGCAGACCUCCAGAAGUGGCCACUGUUAAUCCAAACACUGCAAGCUUUUGAUUGAUGCUUCAGAAGGUUCUUGCUUCUCCCAAGCAUAUGGAAUGCUUUAGUUUCUUAGUCAUGAUUGUCCCUUCCUUUGUAAAGGAAUCCUGUGCAUUCUUUUCUGUAUAUAGAUAGGUUCUUUGUUAUGAUGUCAAGGUUUUACUGAGCUUCAGCUUUCAGCUUGGAUUUGGGAUUUGGGAUGUCAGAGCUGCCUUACCGAAAAUGUAUUCUUGUUCAUAUUCAUUGGAGCGGCUCUGUGCGACAUGUGAAUAUGCCAUUAACGUUGAUCUUUCUUACAUCAACUGGUAUACGCAUUUGAAAAAAAUGUGGACUGCUUAACCUGGGAAAUUUAUGGGUUAUCUUGAAUUACCUUUGGCACGAGGAAAGCGGGGGCGAGUCGUUUGUUCACGUCUGCUUAAUUUUCGUCUGUCUUAAAAGUUAAGUUUGACUUGUCAAACUUCUGUGGAUAGCCAGGUUGUAAAUUGAGAUUAUUGGCUGAGAUGUAUUAUUGAUGCUGGAAUUGUUGACUGGAUUAUAAAAUUUACAAGAUAAAAGUAGGAUAUGAA